UUGCGACCGCAAUCGUUUCUUUUUUCGCGGUGCACCGGAGUGCAAAUAGCAAGAGCAUGGCGGCGUCAGUCGGUGGGCCCGUCUCUGUGCCAGCGACACAUGCUCAGUUUUAGGUCCGCCCGUCCGCCUGCAAGUCCGUCUGCCUGUCCGCCGACUCUUUCUGUGGGUUUCGCUGGUCUGCUAGUCGGACUGGUACUGGUCGUGCCCAGAGCUUCGUGGCUCCGCAACCAGUUUGCUGGCACCGAUCGUCCUUUGCGCUCGUGUGCGCGCUGCUCAGCUGCGAUCCGUGCUCGAAAUCGCUAUCUGAACCUCAACAGAACAGAACUGGAGCGGAAUCAGGUCCGAAAUUCUGUGCGAUAGUUUUUUUAGUUACAGUGCAAAGUCCGAAAAUAUCUCUAGAAUGCGCGGACCUACAGGGAACCAAGUCUAAUCGCGAGUGCCAUGCUAAGCAAUGCCGUUUGUGGCCACAGUUUGUACGGCUUAAGAAAACAAAUAAAAGAUACAAAUGUGAGAAGAAAAAAAACAAAAUUCCACCGGCUCCACACUCUCACUCUCGUUCUCGGUCUUGCGCGAUUCUAUCCGAUCCCAACCGAUCUCUCACUUCGAGUGCUAUUUUCUCUCACAGUGCUUGCAUAACCAAGAGCAAAACACACCGCACGGGAGCAGAUUGCAGAUGCAGAUACAGAUACUACGCCUAGUAGUGGACCCGCAGAUACUUUGGCGAGUGCAUGCAAUUGUCAUUGUCCCCGGGGCUUAAAAAUUCAAAGUAAACCAGCAAAUACAGAAAGUGAAACAUAAAGUCUUAUAUUUCUCAGUAAUCUACAGACAAAUAUCUACAUAAACAUAAAUACCGAAACUUAUCCAUAAUCAAAUCCAGAUUUAAUCGCAACGUUAAUACUUAAAGUUCCCACAUAAGACAAGUUUUAUUAAUAUACACUCUUGAAUGUUAAAUAACUAACAAUCUCAGUGAUUCAACCAGAAAAACCCAGUAAUCGUUUGCAGAAAAUGCUUUUUCAAUUAGCUUAAAGCACGGGAAAGUUAACUAAGACACUCGAACUUUUAUCAAGGAUACCAGAAGCUGCAGACAUGGUUUCGGAGGAGAACUGGAACAGCGACACGAUGUCCGACUCGGACAUGAUCGACUCGAAGAACGACGUGUGCGGGGGUGCCUCCAGCUCCAGCGGGAGUUCCAUUUCGCCCAGGACGCCGCCCAACUGCGCCCGCUGCCGCAACCACGGCCUGAAGAUCACCCUGAAGGGACACAAGCGGUACUGCAAGUUCCGCUACUGCACUUGCGAGAAGUGCCGCCUGACGGCGGAUCGCCAGCGGGUGAUGGCCCUGCAAACGGCGCUGAGACGAGCCCAGGCGCAGGACGAGCAGCGGGCGCUGCACAUGCACGAGGUGCCGCCUGCGGGAACGGCCACCACAACCCUGCUGGGCCACCACCACCAUGCCGCUGCUCCCGCCCACGUCCACGCCCACCAUGUGCAUGCCCAUCACGCCCACGGCCACCACUCGCAUCACGGACAUGUCCUGCACCACCAGCAGGCCGCCGCGGCAGCAGCAGCCGCAGCAGCAGCUCCGUCGGCUCCGGCCUCCCAUCUUGGGGGCUCCUCCACGGCCGCCUCCAGCCUCCAUGGCCAUGCCCAUGCGCACCACGUCCACAUGGCGGCCGCCGCAGCCGCCUCGGUGGCCCAGCACCAGCACCAGAGCCACCCACACUCGCACAACCACCACCACCACCAGCACCACCACCCACAUCCGCAUCAGCAGGCUCCCCCGCAGCACACCACGCUGCGAUCGCCACCGCACAGCGAGCAUGGCGGAAGUGUGGGUCCGGCCAGCAGCAGCUCCGGCGGAGGAGCGGCCAGUUCCAGCAACGCCGCACCGGCCACCUCGAGCAACGGCUCCAGCAAUAGCAAUGGAGGGGGAGGAGGAGGAGGAGGAGGUGGAGGUGGAGGAGGAGGAGGUGGUGGAGCCAGCUCGGGCGGCGGAGCAGCAGGAGGAAGGUCCUCGGGCACCUCGGUGAUCACCAGUGCCGACCAUCACAUGAGCACGGUGCCAACGCCCGCCCAAUCGCUGGAGGGCUCCUGCGACUCGUCCUCGCCCUCGCCAUCGUCCACUUCCGGCGCCGCCAUUUUGCCGAUCUCAGUUUCCGUCAAUCGCAAGAAUGGCGCCAAUGUGCCCUUGGGCCGCAAAUGCCGCCGCUGGGAGCAACGAGGACAGAUCCAUGAAGCCACGCGGCGACGCGGCACGUACUGUGGGCAUCUGGGGCAGAGACGCCUCCGACAGAAGGCCUAA